AUGGAUCUGUCUGAAUAUCCACGCCGGAGAAAUCGGUCUUCGAACUAUGGAUCUGCUCAGAGUUCACCUGUCCUAUCGAUUGUAUCUGCGAGGACUGCUCCGGAACAUCAAGAGACUACCGCACAUGGGCCUCAUGGAGAUGUUACUCUGGGAUUUAUCGACAUCUAUCAGUCUUUGUCACCUCGACAAGUCGGCGUAAUUGCGGUUGGGUCAGCCAUUGGCACAGGUUUGAUGAUCGGGACUGCAAGAGCUCUCACAAUGAGCGGCCCGGCUGCCAUGAUGAUAUCCUAUAGCUUCGUCGGAUUCUCCGUAUACUUGGUUUUGUUAGCCUUGGGUGAAGUCGCUGCUUGGUUACCAAAGCCAUACACCGUAGCAGACCAGGCCGUGCGAUUUGUUGACCCAGCUCUGGGCUUCAGCGUGGGUUGGAUAUACUGGCUGAAAUAUGCCAUUGUCACCCCAAACCAGUUGACAGCUGCCGCUUUGCUGAUUUCGUAUUGGGUGGACGCGGAAUGGAUCAACCCUGGCGUGUGGAUUUCCGUUCUACUCUUCGUUAUCAUCCUCGUCAACUUUGUCCAUCAUGGACUACCAAGUCGAGUUGAGUUUUACGUUUCAUCCUUCAAAUUGCUUAUUAUGUCCGCUCUGAUGAUCUUGUCAAUGGUCAUUGCCCUAGGAGGGGGACCAGAUCGUGAUCCUCGAGGGUUUCGAUACUGGAAUACACCUGGUGUGUUUGAUACGAUCGGAGCUCGGGUGAAUCAUGGGAUGCUAGAGAAGUUUUUGGAAACCUGUGCAACGAUGUCUUCUGCGACAUUUGCCUUCAUUGGUAGUGAACGAUCAGGUAUUAUGGUCCGGGCUCCUAACAUCCGAAAGGCCAUUUCACGCGCCAUCAAGCACACCUUUUAUCGGGUGUUGGUGUUUCAUCUUCUGGGAAUCACUCUGCUGGGUAUGCUUGUCCCUCGAGACUCGAAAAUACUGGCCUUUGCUCGUGACUCUACCAAAGGUGCUGCCGCAUCUCCUUUCGUCGCAGCCAUCUAUCUAUCCGGUAUCGCAAUAGUGCCAGACCUGCUGAACGGAUGCAUUCUGUUAUUUGUUCUGUCAAUAGCCAAUUAUGACCUUUACCUGGCCACUAAGGCGAUGUGCGACCUCUCCUUGAAGCGCCGUGCGCCUGCUUUCCUACUCUACACCAACCGUCGCGGCGUUCCCGUCUACGCUUUGGCUGUAUCUUCUUCCGUCGCAACAUUAGCCUAUGUCAACGUCGCCAAGGAUUCCAGGCUUGUAUUUGGGUAUCUCGUGGAUAUGGUAACGAUGCUUGGUCUUUUGGUUUGGGUUUCCAUCCUCAUUACUCAUAUCGCUUUUGUGCGGGCGCGCAAAGCUCAGGGUAUUCCUGAUGAGGCGCUUACUUUUCGUGCUCGUUUCGGUCUUACUGGUACAUGGCUGGGUCUUGUACUCUGUCUGUUCAUCUCGAUAACUAUGGUUCUCGGUGCAUUCACAUUUGACCGCAAUGACAAGCUUAGGUUCCAUUACCAGUCCGCCGUCGCGUCGUUCGUGGGUCUGCCGAUCUUUCUGGUCUUGAUUGUGGGGUACAAAUUGGCGAUGCGCACUAAGCGUGUCAAUUCAAAGACUGCGGAUAUGUGGACGAGCAAGCUGGACAUUUGA